GGCAAAUCACUGUACUGCUGCAAACAAACAACUCUCUCUGUCCUCUGCUGCUCUCGUGGAUCUUAAAAGGAGAUCAGUAAAGAUGAUAAAGACUAUGUUUCACCAUGCGAAGAAGCAUCCUGGGUUAAUCCCUCAGUUUUUCUUCAUGACACUGGGUGUCACCGGGGCCACCCUCUACCUGAUCCGUCUGGCACGUGGACCUCAUGUCACUCUUUGGGACAAGAGGAGAAACCCAGAACCCUGGAACAAUCUGGACCCCAGCUACCAGUACAAGUUUGUGGCCAUCAACACAGACUACAAGAGCCUGAAGAAAGAGGGCCCUGACUUCUGAAAGACCUUCAAAGACUUUGCCGACUGCAAGUUCCCCCGGCAGCCUCAUGCUGAUUCCUUCACUUUAACCUUGUGCACUUACCUGCUGAACCUCACGUGUCUCUAUGACUAGGCUGUGUCUCCUUAUGCAAAUACAUUCAAUGAUCUACUCAACUGACGUAUACAUGAGAAUAAAGUACAGUCUGAUGAAA